AGAUUGUUCAAGCCUGGUAGCACCAGCAGACCAGGUCGGCGCAGGGCUCAGCCCCGCGGCACUCACAAUCUAGAAGUGGGAGACAGACAAUACACGAAUGAAUGAGACCAUUUAAAGAUGCAGAAUAUAAAAUAGAGGGAGGGAAUGGGAUGCGCCGUCGGCUUUUUGGAGGUGGGCCAGGGCUAUGUGAAGGACCGAAGAGCCGCAGGACGGGGGUGCAGGAGCCCCGGCACGGCGCCCUCUCUGCGGAGCCGACUGGGCGGCGGUCCCGACGCACGCUCCUAGGGGCAGCCGCAAUUACCGCCUUUAUUAUUAUGAGUCCCGGCCCCCGCACUGCCCAGCUCUUUGCGCCUUAGUUUCCCCCUCUGUGCUCACUCGGGUCGCGGGGCGCAGAGGACGCCCCAAACAACUUUGCGCUUCCCGGCCUGGCCGCAGGGCGGGGGAGGGGCGGCGCCGGGAGCGGACUCCGUUUCCCACAAGCCCGAGCCUCGCGCCAUCUUGCCGGUGGGCGGUGGCUGCCCGGGGUUGGCCGUUUGGGCCGGCCGGGUGCCACCGCUCACCCCCAGCCCCGGCUUCCUCCGCUGGGGGCGUGGGACCUGCCACUCAGAGAGUCUAGGGACCCGGACAGUCCGCUCCUGCCCGCCUUCUCCACUCUUCCUUUCCCAGGAGCCCAGUCCACGUGUCGGUCCGUGCGGAGGAACCCGUUCGCUCCUCGCUGGCCGAGGGCUGGAGGACCUGGACAUCGGGGACCGCAGCGUCUCCUCACCAGACUCCCUGUCUGCACACGAUGUCCACCCCUGCAUUCUCAGAUGGUCCCUAUUCUCAGAUGGCCUCAAUGAGGACAGAAUGAGGAAGGGUCCAGUGAGGACUAGGGUCCUGGCGUGAGCGCAAAUUGUCGUCCUGAGCUCUUAGAACGCCUGGGUUUGGGACUGGAAGGUUGCGUUUGGGGAGUACAGACAGCUAGGCCACCCCCUGCCGAAUAGACCCUCCGCUACCCCUGCCCGGGGGCGGAGUAGGGGAGAGGGGCCUGUAGAGGGGCUGGCCCUUUAAGGGGGUGUGGUCGGGGGGCGGAGGAAGAGCGAGACAGAGAAAGCGCUUCGGCGGCGGCAGCUCGGGCGGCGGCCGCGGGGGACAAAGGGCGGGCGGAUCGGCGGGGAGGGGGCGGGGCGCGGCCAGGCCAGGCCCGGGGGCUCCGCAUGCUGCAGCUGCCCCCGGGCGCCCCCGCCGCCGCCCUCGCCGCGGAGCCGCGCGGAGCGGAGCCGGCGAGCUAACCCGAGCCAGCCGGCGGGCGUCCCGGAGGCGGUGGCGCAGGGAGGGGCCCGACGCGCGCACGUGGCCCCGGCGGCCGCCAUGGCGGACAGCGGCACCGCGGGGGGCGCGGCGUUGGCGGCCCCGGCCCCAGGGCCGGGCAGUGGCGGCCCAGGACCACGCGUCUACUUUCAGAGCCCCCCCGGGGCCGCAGGAGACGGCCCGGGCGGCGCGGACGAUGAGGGCCCAGUGAGGCGCCAAGGGAAGGUCACCGUCAAGUAUGACCGCAAGGAGCUACGGAAGCGCCUCAACCUAGAGGAGUGGAUCCUGGAGCAGCUCACGCGCCUCUACGACUGCCAGGAAGAGGAGAUCCCAGAACUGGAGAUUGACGUGGAUGAGCUCCUGGACAUGGAGAGUGACGAUGCCCGGGCUGCCAGGGUCAAGGAGCUGCUGGUUGACUGUUACAAACCCACAGAGGUAAGAGAUUUCCCGGGGGGGCCGGUGGGGGGGGGGCAGGGUGAGGGGAGCCCGGCUCCUUUCAUCUUGGGGUCUGGUCUCCUUAAUGUUUACCCUCCCACCCCACCCAGGCCUUCAUUUCUGGCCUGCUGGACAAGAUCCGGGGCAUGCAGAAGCUGAGCACACCCCAGAAGAAGUGAGGGUCCCCGACCCAGGAGAACGGUGGCUCCCACAGGACAAUCGCUGCCCCCCAACCUCGUAGCAACAGCAAUACCAGGGGACCCUGCGGCCAGGCCUGGUGCCAUGAGCAGGGCUCCUCGUGCCCCUGGCCCAGGGGUCUCUUCCCCUGCCCCCUCAGUUUUCCACUUUUGGGGUUUUUUAUUGUUAUUAAACUGAUGGGACUUUUUGUGUUUUUAUAUUGACUGCGGUGCGGGCCCUUUAAUAAAGCUAGGAUACGCCUUUGGUGCAGCUAA